AUGGCCUGUCUCGCGAGACGCCUCGCGGUCUGCCUGUCCCUCGCGGUCCUCGCCGUGGUCUGCUUGCCGUCCCGCGGCGAGGCCAUGGGCCGCCUGCCCCAGCCGCCGCCGGACCUCAACUUCACCAUCUCCGUCGAGGGCGUCGUCUGGUGCAAGAGCUGCCGCUACGCGGGCUACGUCCGCGCCAUGGACGCGUCGCCGCUGCCCAAUGCGGCGGCGCUGCUGCGGUGCCGGCGCGACGACGGGCGGGCGCUGUCCGUGUGGAACGCCACGGACGCCGACGGCUACUUCCUGAUCCAGGCGGACUGGGAGUCGGCGCCCUUCAAGAGCAAGGACUGCAAGGUGCACGUGCCGCGGCCGCCGGCGAGCGGGUGUGCGGCCGCCGUCAGGCCCGCCGCGAGGAAGGGGGCGCCGCUCAAGUUCCGCCGGUUCGUGCCGCUCCCCGACCAGCUGCAGGCGCGCUACUCCGCCGGCAACUUCACGUUCGCGCCGGAGGAACCCGCCAAGUGCUAGCUGCUAGUUGCCUACUGCUGGAUGAGCAGUGGCAGCUGACACUGGGCGUUGAAGAACGGAUCGGAAUAAAUCAAAUAGAUGUUAUACAUGAUUGCAGGGGAAUAACUGACGAUGUAAUAACAUACAUUAAU